CUUCCGAAGCACGCUGGUCCGAACGUUUCAGGAGGGGUGGGAGGGGAAGGCUGCUGCGUUAGGAGAACAAAAUGGCUAGGGGAUUGAAGAAGCAUUUGAAGAGGCUCAAUGCCCCAAAGCAUUGGAUGCUAGACAAGCUUGGUGGUGCUUUUGCCCCCAAACCAUCUUCUGGCCCACAUAAGGCUCGUGAAUGUUUACCAUUAAUCCUUAUCCUAAGAAACAGAUUGAAAUAUGCUCUUACUUACCGUGAAGUCAUUGCAAUUCUGAUGCAACGACAUGUACUGGUUGAUGGAAAGGUCAGGACUGACAAAACCUAUCCAGCUGGUUUCAUGGAUGUUGUAUCGAUACCAAAGACAAAUGAGAAUUUUCGGCUUCUUUACGACACCAAGGGGCGUUUUCGUCUCCACUCAAUCAGAGAUGAGGAGGCUAAGUUCAAGCUAUGCAAGGUCCGGUCUGUUCAAUUUGGGCAUAAAGGCAUUCCUUAUCUGAAUACUUAUGAUGGUCGUACAAUUCGUUAUCCUGACCCUCUUAUCAAGGCAAAUGACACCAUUAAGCUUGAUCUGGAGACUUACAAGAUUGUGGAUUUCAUCAAGUUUGAUGUUGGAAAUGUGGUGAUGGUGACUGGUGGAAGGAACAGGGGCCGUGUUGGUGUCAUCAAGAACAGGGAGAAGCACAAGGGUAGUUUUGAGACAAUCCACCUCCAAGACGCAACUGGUCAUGAGUUUGCAACUCGCCUUGGCAAUGUAUUCACCAUUGGCAAGGGGACAAAGCCAUGGGUUUCCCUUCCCAAAGGCAAAGGUAUCAAGCUCAGCAUCAUUGAGGAGGCUAGGAAGCGACUUGCUGCUUCUGGCGCUGCUGCCACUGCCUGAUCAUAUUGAUUGCUUUCAUAUUUUGUGUGGGGUAUAGUUGGAGUUCUUUGUGGACAUGUAGGGGGUGGAUGUUGCAAAUCCUUUCACCUGAUUUUGGUAGUUAAACUUAAGUUUUCUUUUGAAUAGGGAUAUUGGUUCGCUUAAAUUUGAUCGGCAGCUGGACAUUGGUUUUGCAUUGGACACUAAUUGACAUUUUAUUGCGUCUGCUCAUACCAAUAUUUUUCCCGACUUCUUAGGCUACUUGUGUUUUUCUGUGUCCUUCAGCAGUUUGGUGAUGAUUAUAUCUAGUAAAUUUGUUGUCAAA